CCCGAAAUCGCCAUCUGCUCAAGUCCCGCCCGCAGACAAGAGCAUCUUUUUUUUAGCCAAACCCCCAGACUUCAACUUCCCUCCGUCAUCGCUUUUCGCCUCCCGUUCAACUUAACUCUGAUCUUGCAUCACUUCACAAUCUUGCAUCUUACAACAAUCCUGAGAAACACUCUCAACGACCUACGCAUAACCUGAUAUCGACGACCUCGAUAUAUCACCAAAACCUACAAAACACAACACACAUAUCAGAAUGUUCGCUAGAGGAAUUCGCGCUGUCUCGCGGCGAGCUGCCGUCGCUGCUCCCCUCGCCCGUCCUACAAUCCUCCCUGCCCGCCAGAUCUCUCCCGCCGUCGCCGUCAACGCUACCCGCUCCUACCACGAGAAGGUCCUCGACCACUACUCACGACCUCGAAAUGUCGGCUCCAUGAACAAGAAGGACAGUGAUGUCGGAACCGGUCUCGUCGGCGCCCCUGCCUGCGGCGAUGUCAUGAAGCUACAGAUCCGCGUCGACCCUGAAACCCAGAAGAUCUCCGAGGUCAAGUUCAAGACAUUCGGGUGUGGUUCCGCCAUCGCCUCCAGCAGCUAUCUCACUGAGCUCGUGCGCGGUAUGAGCUUGGAUGAUGCUGGCAAGGUCAAGAACACUGAGAUUGCUAAGGAGCUUUGCUUACCCCCCGUCAAGCUGCACUGCUCCAUGUUGGCUGAGGAUGCUAUCAAGUCCGCUAUCUCCGAUUACUACACCAAGAACCCCAACGCCAAGGUCAGCAACCUUAGCGGUACUGGCAUGAAGCUCCCCGAGGCCGACGCCGCUGCUGCUUAAAUGCGGUCAUCCAUCAAAAAAAUCUCAACAUAAAAAAACGAAUAUUACAUCGCUAUUACGCCAUGUCACAACACUUGGGAAAUUAGGAAAUGAUACCCUCUUUGAGGCAGGAUGAAAAAAAAAAGAAAGUCGUUCGGAACAUCAACGAAGGGAGGGGAGUCAUCUUUGGAUUAGGUCUAGAGUGAGACUGUCAGAUGGCCACGCCACUAGCUAUCUCUCCCUUCUUUAUCCGCACAUUCAUGGGAUCAGUAUUUGGGAGUCAGGGGUUCUUAUUUUAUUUUCUGCCUGAAAUCACUAUGGUUGUGAUUGGGCUUACUGGGGAUGCGGCGAAGGGUCUACAUUGGAGCGGGGUUGGUAGAAUGAGAUGAACUGUAUCAAAUAGCUACAAGCGCGAAAUGUCAAAUGUUUUCGAUCAGACUAA